GCGCUUGUUUUCCCCCUAUUUUCUCCUCUUCCACAGCCUCCACAUGCUUCCUCCACUCACCACAGACGGCAUGGAGUGACUUCUCCAACACGGCACUCGUCUCGCUCAUCUUGGCGACGUAAAACACAGAUGGAUUUGGAGGAGGCGAGGACCAAGACAAGAGGAGAGGAGGAGGAGGAGGAAGAGGAGGAGGGAAGACAACACAAGAAGAGAAGGAGAAUGAUGGAAGAGGAAACCAAACCAGAGGAAGAGAAGGAAGAAAUCAAGAGGAGGGAGGAGGAGGAGGAGGACAACUCAGCAAGAAUGAAGGAAGUGGAGGAAGUAGAAAAGAGGAUGAAAGAAGAAGAAGAGAAGGUAAAGAAUGAGGAAGAGGAAGGAAAGGAGGAAAAUAAAAGAAAAGCAAACAAAGGGGAAAAGAAAAACAUCGGCAAGAAAGAGAAAACGCAAGAAAAUGAAGAAAAAAUGGAAAAAGAAGAGGAAGACACACAAACGCACGCACACACACCACCUGACCAUACAGACACCAAACAAACAUCCCCGGCACCAACAAACGCACAAACUCUGUCCAAACGUCAACUCAAGAAGCAACUCAAACGCGCUCGCUGGCUGGAGACGAAAGAAGCAAGGAAAAAACACAAACGGCAGCGUGAAAAGGAAAAGGCUAAGGAACGCAGACUCCAGCAUACCCCAGAGAAGUCCCCUCAGCUUAGCCUAGGAUUAGAAAAUAGCCCUGAACCAUCAGAUGUACCCAAUUCUUCCCCUUCUGCACUCAAAACAUUGCGCUGUAACCAAGACCCCAAAGUAGCCCAAAAUCUAGCUUCACCAGCCCAAGCAGACCCUAAUCUAGCUCCAGCACCCCCAGCCUCCUACACACCCCCAGUAAGUCGGCGAUCACUCAAAAAGCACAGUGUAAAAAUGUCAGCCAGUCCUUGCAAGUUACGUGUGGCUGUUGACUUAUCCUUAGCAGCUCUCAUGAACGACCGCAGACUAGGGCAGUGCCUUCGACAAGUUGCCCGAUGCUACAGUGCGAACCGCAGAGUGCCGGCACCCUUACAACUGUACGUAACAUCGUUUACCGGACGUGCGAAAUCUAUAAUGUCGCAACAAGCGGGUUAUGAGAACUGGGAUGUGCAUUUCCAGACCGAGAGUUACCUGAGUGAGUUCCGCCAAUCAGACAUCAUUUACCUGACAUCGGAGAGUACGCAUACCCUCCAGACCUUAGAUCAGACCAAGGUGUACAUAAUUGGUGGGUUGGUGGACCAUAACAAGCUCAAGGGCCAUUGUUACGAGCUCGCUAAGGACCAUAAGUUAGCAACAGCAAGGUUGCCGCUAGAUCGUUACCUGGAUAUGAGGACAAGGAAGGUGCUAACGAUAGAUCAGGUGUUUAGAAUAUUAUUAGGAGUGGCUGGGGGGGGAAGGUGGAGGGAGGUGUUGCUGUCUGUACUACCAGCUAGGAAGGGGGCCAAGGGGAAGGAGGAGGGGGAGGAGGAGGAGGAGGAGAAAGGUGAUGAUGUCGAGGAUGUAGAAGUAAAAAGAGAGAAGCCAAAAGAGGAGGAGGAGGAGGAGGAGAAAGGUAAUGAUAUCCAGAAUGAAAACAUGAAAAAAGAGAAGGAAGGGAAGGAGGAGGAGAAAGGUAAUGAUAUCCAGAAUGAAAACAUGAAAAGAGAGAAGAAGGAAGGGAAGGAGGAGGAGGAGGUGGAUCACAUAUUGCUAAAAUAAUAGAAUAGAAGAGAACUCUGCUGUAAAAAUCGAUGCCACAUACACGUUCAUACUUUGUGUUCCCCAAAGAAAAUACAGAAUAUGGUUUACCUAGUGUUUGUCUGUCCCAUCAUUACAAAUCUAGAAAACACCCUGAACCACAUGGAGAGCUCUGUAAAAACAUGUAUGAUCCUAUGUGAGAUUGGACAAGAGGGUAUUGAAUGAGGUGGUGAUGGGAAUGUGUGGUGUUGAGGAUGUGUUGAAUGUGCGCCUCAGAACCUCACACCAGGUAUUCGUUAUAUGCGAGGGUUACGUUCUGCAAAAAGCUCGCAUAAUGUGAAUUCGCAUAUCGAACCACGACACAUUUUCGAAGCCUCUAAAUAUUUAUUCCAGCACUGUUUCACAAUGAUAAAGCACCAAAGAUUGCUUCUGGGGAGACACACCCAAAGUUUACGAUUUAAGCUGAUAAUUAGCUACCUGAGGAUUAACUUUAGGAUCAGAGGGAGGAAAAGUUUAAUUAUAGGCGAGGAAAGUGCAGGGAAACAUUUGUACCCGCCGCCCUCUAGUGCGAUUCGGCCACCAUACCUCACCAACCAGUCACACACGCACCACUGCUCUCCUAAUAGCGAAUUUUUCUCGCAUAAAACGAAUACUUGGCACAUUUAGCUUAGUCGCAUAUGAGCGAAUUCGCAUAUUUUGAACUUGCAUAUAUCGAAUACCCGGUGUACUCAGUGCAUUGUACAAUCGUGUCUUGGUUUACGAACAAAAUAAUAAAAAUGGCUUGGCUUAUGAGUGGUGACUUGGUGUAUGAGCGUCCUGGUUGUACAAGUCAGAGAUGCGAACGUGUAGUAAAAUUACUUUUAUUACGUAUGAAAUAACAAUGAUUUUUGUUAAUAUUUUUUGUGAUAUGGAACACAUUAAUGGGAUUCACAUUAAUUUAAAUGGAGAAGUUUGCUUUGGUUUAUGAGGUUUUUUGGUUUGCGAGCAAAAUUCUGGAACAAAUUAAACCGUGGCAUAAUUGUAUUUGCUGAUUUCUGACCCAAAACCAUCGCCCCCAUACAGACUGUUAUUCAUCUUGAGUCAUUGUUAAAGCGUCCAUGACUGAUGUCUUCCUGCAGUAAUUAUUGGGCAGAAGCCAAAAAGUACAGUGUUCUGAGAGGCUUGGCAGCACCACAACAGGACUCAACAGGCUACUCAUCAAAAUUUGUUGACUACUUAAUUAUUAUAAGGCUUGGUAUAAAAAGAAUUGGAAGAAGGAAGGAAUGAUAUGAUGUGGGUGGGAGUUUAUGGAAAGGAGCAGAGCAUAGUAAGCAGGUGGAAGAGGAGGGAUUAGGAGCCCCUUGGAGCACAGCAGUAGAGGCCAUAAGAGAGGACAUGGGCUAGAAAACCUUCAAAGCAAGAAUUGUGGAAGGUUUACAUAAGUUAGCUCAAGGAAGAUGUAAAGCUAACAAAGAAAGAUGGGCAAAGAAAAUAAUACAGGGGUGGAAAAGGAGAGAAACGUAAUAAUAUCCAGAAUUAAAACAUGGAGAGAAGGAAGAGGAGGUGAAUCACAUAUUGCUAAAAGAAGAGAAGAGAACUCUGCUGUAAAAAUCAAUGCCACAUACACGUUCAUACCCUGUUUGCUUCCCCAAAGAAUAUACAGAAUACGGUUUACCCAGUGUUUGCCUGUCCCACCAUUAUAAGUCUAGACAACACCCUGAACCAUAUGGAGAGCUGAAAAUUUAACCUGGUAGCAGCAGGGAUCAUGUAUCUUAAUGGUCCCCCUAAGCGAGAAAAAUGAGAAAAAAUCACCUCACACAAACCAUUUCAAAAUAUAUAUCAAAGCAUUUGUAAUCACAUUAUGUAUCAUCUAUUUUGGGAGGUUUAAAUCACGGCACAAAAAUGGCCUGUCGCUGCUACACGGUAAAGCCACAAAUUUGGCCCGUCGCUGCUACACGGUAAAGCCACAAAUUUGGCCAGUCGCUGCUACACGGUAAAGCCACAAAUUUGGCCAGUCGCUGCUACACGGUAAAGCCACAAAUUUGGCCAGUCGCUGCUACACGGUAAAGCCACAAAUUUGGCCAGUCACUGCUACACGGUAAAGCCACAAAUUUGGCCAGUCGCUGCUACACGGUAAAGCCACAAAUUUGGCCAGUCGCUGCUACACGGUAAAGCCACAAAUUUGGCCAGUCACUGCUACAUGGUAAAGCCACAAAUUGGCCAGUCACUGCUACACGGUAAAGCCACAAAUUUGGCCAGUUGCUGCUACACGGUAAAGCCACAAAUUUGGCCAGUCACUGCUACACGGUAAAGCCACAAAUUUGGCCCAUCGCUGCUACUAGGUUAACGGUGACAGUUCUAGACAAAGAGGAAUGGAAUACGAGGAUAGAGGAGGACAACGCAGUAUGCUUGGCUGUUAAUGGUGUUAGGGCUGUGGAGAGACAAAAAUGAAAUGGGAAGAAUUGUUAAGCUAUUACAAAAGUGUUCCUGACAGUGCUGGGAAAAUAGGGCCGGCACUAAUUCUUCAAUAAAGAUCCAAAGAUUAAGACAGAAAAUAAGUCAUUCAAGAAAGGAAAUAAAAAAAUAUGAAAAUUUCAGUUCCAUAGUGUAUUAUAGUAAGGAAGGAUAAGGGCAAGAUAAAGAUAGAAGAUAAAUGAUUCAAGCAAGAAAAUAAAGAAAUAAAAGGUGAAAAUCAUAUAAUAAUUAAAAAUAAAGAUAGAAAUACAAGGAUAGAAGAUUAGAAAUGAGAGAAAAUAAGUGAUUCAAGCAUGAAAAUAAAGAAAUAAAAUGUAAA